AUGGGACCUGGGGGCUGGCAGCAGGGCUCUCGGAAGGGAGACCAGCCGGGGGUAGAAUCGGGGGCAGGCAGCCAUCCCCCGGGGGCCAUGCCUCCGCCGCAGCUGGCCGGCUCCGCAGGUCACUCGGCGGCCGGGCCCUGCCCGCAGAGCCUCGCCCCCUCACUCACCCCUCCCAGCCCGGGAUCCAGGUCCCGCCGGCCCGCUGACCCUUUGGGGGCAGCGGCCGCCGUGCACUCCAGGAGCCCAGGCGGUGUCUGUGCUGGGUCAUCUGAUAAGCCGGCCCUGCGAGGCGGUGGGAUCAUCGUCCCCACCUCACAUCAGGACCUGGACCCACAGCUGUCCAGGGACUCGGCGGGGGCCGCCCUGCACGCAGGCCGGGCCAGCACCCUGCCCAACGCUCCACGGUGGUACCUGCUCUCGGGGCUGAAGUGGACGGCUCCUCCUCGCAGGCCCGUGGGCCGGGGGGCGCGGAGAUCGGGCGGCGCCCAGCGCUGGUCACGGCACUGGCGGCCCCGGUGCCGGGCGUGGUGGGCGGAGGAGGAAGGGCGGGCGCCAGGCCGCGGGCGCCUCCACCCGCUCCUUGACCAGCAGCCGCGUGUCCGGCCCGGGGAGAAAGCCGGCAGGGCCGUCAAAGACCCUUCCCGCUUGGUGGCCCCAUUUGCCUGGCGCCUGGCCCAGUGCCCCCCUCUGGCUCUCAGCACAGGACCCCGGUGCCCCCUUGGCCCCCCGGGGCUGAGAAGCCAGGGGUCGGGCCCGGGCCUGCAGGGCGUGGUGGGGGGGGUGCUGGUCGUGGCCCUGGGGAUGCUGAGGGCCACCUGCCCUGUCGCCUCUGCAGAAGUGGCGUCGGGCGUGGGGUGUGGCCGGCUGGCUGCUCCCAGGGAGGGAGAGGGCCCCACGCAGGGUGCCAGGGGCGCCCGUCCUGGCAGCCACAGGGGUGUUGGCAACCGACAGGGGCCGGGCCUGUGCCGGGGUGAGAUCGAAUUCGGAGGGUCUGGGAAGAAGCGAGGCAAGCCCCUGGCACAGGACGUCCCGCAGCCACGGCUUCAGGGCGAAGGGCUGCUCCUCGCCCACCAGCGACACCACCAGGUUGGGGGCCGGCAGGUGCCAUUCGGCCAGCAGAAGGUCAAAGAGCACAGACGGGGCCACGCCACUGGGCACCUUCACGAGCUGCACGGCAGGGAGCAGGGGGCCCAGCACAGGCCACGGGACAGAGUCGUGGCCUGUUCUGUCCAGAUGGCAUCUGGGGGGGCCAGCUCCCAGCAGAUGCCCCAGAGGCGGGAGGGGGCCCCGGGGCCGCUGGGCUCAGUGACUCCCAGGCCUGCAGGUGCCUGGAUUUUUACCAGCGCCCUCCGUGUGGGCCUUGCCCGGUACGUCGGACAGGCUGUGCGUGACCACUCACUGGCCAGCACGUCCACCACGGCCCGCGUGGUGGCCAUCGGCAUUGCCUCAUUGGGCCACGUGCUGCACCGUCGGCUUCUGGACGACGCCCAGGAGGACAGCCCUGUCCACUACCCCAUGGACGAUGGUGGCAACCAGGGCCCCGCCUGCCCCCUGGGCAGCAACCACUCCCACUUCAUCCUGGUGGACCCGGGCACCCCUGGGAAGGUCAACGGGCGCACGGAGCUGCGGCUGAGGCUGGAGAAGCCCAUCUCGGAGCAAAGGACCGGCUACGGGGGUGAGGGCAGCAUCGAGAUCCCCGUCCUCUGUCUGCUGGUCAACGGUGACCCCAGCACCCUGGAGGGAGGCAGGGGCGGCAGGAUUUCCAGGGCCGUGGAGCACGCCGGCCCGUGGCUGACCCUGGCGGGCUCGGGGGGCAUCGCCGACGUGCUUGCUGCCCUGAUGAGCCAGCCCCACCUCCCGGUGCCCCAGGUGGCCGAGAAGCAGUUUAGAGAGAAGUUCCCCAGUGAGAACCUCUCCUGGGAGGACAUCGUGCACUGGACAGAACUGCUGCGGAACAUCACCUCCCACCCGCACCUGCUCACCGUGCGUGACUUCGGGCAGGAGGGCUCCGAGGAGCUGGACGCGGUCAUCCUCAAGGCGCUGGUGAAAGCCUGCAAGAGCCGCAGCCAGGAGGCGCGGGACUGCCUGGAUGAGCUGAAGCUGGCCGCGGCCUGGGACCGCGCGGACAUCGCCAGGAGCGGGAUCUCCAACGGGGACGUGGAGCGGGAGUCCCGCGACCUGGAGGAGGUGAUGAUGGACGCGCGGAGCAACAGGCCCGAGUUCGUGCGCCUCUUCGCGGACAGUGGCGCCGAGGUGGCGGACUUCCUGACGCGCGAGCUGCGCCAGCUCUACCGCUCGGUGCCCCCCAAGGGCCUGCCCUUCAACCUGCUGCAGCGCAGGCGCGAUGAAGGCCGGCUGACGCUGGCCGGGCUGGGCGCCCAGCAGGCCCGGGAGCCGCCCGCCUUCCCCCUGCACGAGGUGUCGCCGGUGCUCAAGGACUUCCUGCACGACGCCGGCCGUGGACCCCACCAGGCGGGGAGCUGUGAGCGGGCGGCGGGGCCGCGGCUGCGGGCUGACGCCCCUGUCCUCCAGGAGCAGGGCCCGGCCCGGCGGCCCACGGGCCAGAAGGGGCUGCUGGACCCGAACCAGAGGAGCAAGAGCCCCUGGAGGGACCUGUUCCUGUGGGCGGUGCUGCAGAACCGCCACGAGAUGGCUACCUACUUCUGGGCCGUGGGCCAGGAGGGCGUGGCAGCCGCUCUGGCCACCUGCAAGAUCUUCCAAGAGAUGUCCCACCUGGAGAGGGGGGCCGAGGUGGGCCGCACCCUGCGAGAGGCCAAGUACAAGCAGCUGGCCCUGGGAGCUUUCCCCAAGUGCUGCCGUAACGGGGAGGAGCGCACCUCCGCCCUGCUGGUGCGCCGGGGCCGCUCUCGGAGCAGAACCACGUGUCUGCACCUGGCCACCGAGGCCGACUCGGAGGCCUUCUUUGCCCGCGACGGGUGCAGAAACCCCGCUUCCUCAGCUCAGCCCUCCCGGACCCCCGAGCCUGGCCUCCCCCGUCGAAGGGUCUUCCUUCCCCAGCAGGAUGGAGGCUCCAGGGGACUCCGGGAGCCAGGGCUGGGAGGGGCGAUGCUUCCGCUGAACCUGGAAGGGCAGGCCUGCUGCGGGAACAGCAGGGCAGAGGUGUGGAGGCGGGGGCAGGCGGCGGGGGCAGCCGUGCCUUUAUUUCAGGCCUUCCUGACCAAGAUCUGGUGGGGGGACAUGGCCUCCGGCACGCCCAUCCUGCGGCUGCUGGGUGCCUUCCUCUGCCCGGCCCUCGCGUACACCAACCUCAUCACCUUCAGUGAGGAGGCCCCUCUAAGGACGGGCCCAGAGGACCUGCAGGGGCUGGACAGCCUGGACACGGAGAAGAGGCUGCUCUGUGGCCCGGGCAGUGGGGCGGAGCAGCUGGCCAAGGCACCAAGGACUCAGGGCAGCCGAGGCCCACGAGCCGCCUUCUUGCUCACGCGCGGGCGGAAGUUCUGGGGGGCGCCCGUGACCGUGCUCUUGGGGAACGUGGUCAUGUACUUUGCGUUCCUCUUCCUGUUCACCUGCCUGCUGGUGGACUUCAGGCCCCCUCCCCAGGGGCCGUCGGGGGCUGAGGUCACCCUCUACUUCUGGGUCUUCACGCUGGUGCUGGAGGAGAUCCGGCAGAGCUCCUUCGCAGAUGAGGACGCACACCUGGUGAAGAAAGAGGACGACUGGAACAAGCGAGGCAUGGUGGCCGUCGUCCUGUUCAUUGUCGGUGUCCCCCGCAGGACGCUGCCCUCGGUGUUUGAGGCCGGCCGCACGAUCCUCGCCAUCGACUUCACGGUGUUCACGCUGUGGCUCGCCCACACCUUCGCCAUCCACAGGCAGCUGGGCCCCAAGGUCACCAUCGUGGCGCGGGUGACGAAGGACGUCUGCUUCUUCCUCUUCGUCCUGCGCGUGUGGCUUGUGGCCCACAGCGUGACCAGCCAGGCGCUGCCGCACCCCCACGACAGGCGCCUGGAGUGGAUCUUCCGCCGUGUGCUCUACCGGCCGUUCCUACAGAUCUCCGGGCAGAUCCCCCUGGACGAGAUCGAUGAAGCCCGCGUGAACUGCUCCGUGCACCCCCUGCUGCCGGAGGACUCGCCCUCCUGCCCCAACCUCUACGCCAACUGGCUGGUCACCCUCCUGCUGGUCACCAACGUGCUGCUCACGAACUUGCUCAUCGCCACGUUCAGCUACACGUUCCAGGCGGUGCAGGGAAACGCGGACACUUGCUGGAAGUUGCAGCGCUACCACCUCAUCGUGAAGUACCGCGAGCGCCCGCCCUUCGUCCUCCUCAGCCACCUGAACCUGGUGCUCAAGAGGUUCUUCCGGAAGGAGGCCCGGCAGAAGCGGGCGCGCCUGGAGAGGGACCUGCCGGAGCCCCUGGACCAGAAGAUGGUCACCUGGGAGGCGGUGCAGGAGGAGAACCACCUGAGCAAGCUGGAGAAGCGGAGGAAGGACAGCGGGGAGGAGCUGCUGCGGAAGACGGCUCACAGGGGCGGGGACCGGGUGGACUUCGUAGCCAAGUACCUCGGGGACCUGAGAGACCAGGAGCAGCGGGUCAAGCAUCUGGAGUCUCAGGUCAGCUACUGCACCGUGCUCCUCUCCUCCACGGCCGGCACGCCGGCCCGCAGGAACACCUACUAG